CAGCCCCGACUCAGCCAAUCAGCGUGCGGCAGUGUUUUCAUCUUGGGUUGGAAUAAAAGCGCUGGAAUAAAAGGAGACAGAAAAGGCGCCGGCCGGGCCCGAUACACGCUGCUUGGAACCUGGUGGCCGCCGAACCGGAGCCGAAGCCGGAGCCGGGCCUCCGCGCCGCGCCAUGGCGCCCACCCUGGCCACAGCCCAUCGGCGCCGCUGGUGGAUGGCCUGCACAGCAGUGCUGGAAAACCUCCUCUUCUCGGCAGUCCUCCUGGGCUGGGGCUCGCUGCUCAUCAUGCUCAAGUCGGAGGGCUUUUACUCGUACCUGUGUACUGAGCCAGAUAUUGCCACCAACGGCACAGUGGGGGGCACAGCAGAGCCGGAGCAGGAAUCCGAGGAUAUCAGCUGGAUGAAUGGCUGGCUUAGCUGCCAGGCCCAGGAUGAGAUGCUCAACUUGGCGUUCACCGUAGGCUCCUUCCUGCUCAGUGCCAUCACCCUGCCUCUAGGCAUCGUCAUGGACAAAUAUGGCCCAAGGAAGCUCAGGCUGCUGGGCAGUGCCUGCUUUGCUGUCUCCUGCUUGCUGAUUGCCUAUGGAGCAAGUAACCCGAACUCCCUCUCUGUGCUCAUCUUCGUUUCCCUGGCUCUGAAUGGCUUUGGUGGGAUGUGCAUGACUUUCACUUCAUUAACACUACCCAACAUGUUUGGCGACCUUCGGUCCACGUUUAUUGCCUUGAUGAUUGGAUCCUAUGCCUCAUCCGCAGUCACCUUCCCUGGAAUCAAGGUCAUCUAUGACUUCGGUGUCUCCUUCAUCAUCAUCCUUGUGGUCUGGGCAAGCUGCUCUGGAUUGGUUUUCCUCAACUGCUUCUUUAACUGGCCCCUGGAGCCCUUCCCAGGGCCGGAGGACAUGGACUAUUCGGUGAAGAUCAAGUUCAGCUGGCUGGGCUUUGACCACAAGAUCACAGGGAAGCAGUUCUAUAAGCAGGUGACCACGGUGGGGCGCCGUCUCAGCGUGGGCAGCUCCAUGAGGAACAGCAAGGAGCAGGCAGCACUGCAGGAGGGCCAUAAGCUGUGCCUGUCCACCAUCGACCUGGAGGUUAAGUGCAAGCCGGAUGCUGCAGCGGCGCCCUCCUUCAUGCACAGCGUGUUCAGCCCCAUCCUGCUACUCAGCCUCCUCACCAUGUGCAUCACGCAGCUGCGGCUCAUCUUCUACAUGGGCGCCAUGAACAACAUCCUCAAGUUCCUGGUCAGCGGCGACCAGGACGUAGUUGGCCUCUACACGUCCAUCUUCGGUGUCCUCCAGCUGCUCUGCUUGCUGACGGCUCCUGUCAUUGGCUACAUCAUGGACUGGAGGCUGAAGGAGUGUGAAGAUGCCUCAGAGGAGCCUGAGGAGAAAGACACCAACCAAGGCGAGACCAAGAAGAAACGAGACCGGCAGAUCCAAAAAGUCACCAAUGCCAUGCGGGCCUUCGCCUUCACAAACCUGCUGCUUGUGGGCUUUGGGGUGACCUGUCUCAUUCCCAACCUGCCUCUACAGAUCCUCUCCUUUAUCCUACACACGAUUGUGCGAGGAUUCAUCCACUCUGCUGUUGGGGGCCUGUAUGCUGCUGUGUACCCCUCCACCCAGUUCGGCAGCCUCACGGGACUGCAGUCGCUGGUCAGUGCACUCUUCGCCCUACUGCAGCAGCCCCUGUUUCUGGCCAUGAUGGGUCCCCUCCAAGGAGACCCUCUCUGGGUGAACGUGGGUUUGCUUGUCCUGAGCAUGCUGGGGUUCUGCCUCCCCCUCUACCUCAUCUGCUACCGGCGCCAGCUGGAGAGGCAGCUACAGCAGAAGAGGGAGGAUGACAAGCUUUUCCUCAAGCUGAACGGCUCCUCCAACCGGGAGGCUUUCGUGUAGCUCCCACGACCUCAGAACUAUGGUCUCCUGCCCUUGCUUCAGUGACUCACCAGUGUCCUCCUCCCCAUCCCAGAGGACCUCCAUGCACCCUCAGGAUCCUUGCCUUCACAUUUUGGAGUCCACGCUCCCUCCCAGGGCCCCAGUCCUGCCUUGGAGCUCUGCAGCGGAAGGACUGGAGAGGGCCCGGAUGUGCGAUUUUCCUAGUGCCGGAAGCAAGGGCUGCUGUGGGCUUUGCUCUGCCAUCCUAGAGGGGCCCUUGGGCUUUGAGGCUCAGUGGGGCCUGCAGGGGGAGCAAGAAGGAGCCCAGCAGACAGGCUCUCUCCUUCAUAUGUCUGGAUUCUGCCUCUUGCCAAAGCAGUGGGGUCUGCCAUCUACUGCCUGCCACCUGCCUCUCGGCCGCAUGCCCACUGGCCACACCUGCCCAAGGACAAAGGCUCUCAUCGUCUGCACCCCCUCGCCUGCCCCUCGACCUCCUCCCUUGGCCAGUCGGAGGCUGCCUGAGGAAGGAAGGACCCGCUUCCUGUUGUUGGUGCUAACUCCUUUGUAAUUCCAGCCCCCUGUGGCCUGUCCAUGACCUGUCCUCCUGUUCCAGGCCUGUGGAGAAGCCCCCCCGCCGGCUGAAAGCCUGGGGAGGGAAUGGAGGGCUGGAUAGUCAGGCAUCGCUCAGGAGCCAAGGACAAGGCUAAUGAGCAGUCCCUCACCUCCUCCCUCAGGGCCAGGAGUGUUUCCGCUGCCACCCUCCAUCCAGCCUGUUACCUGAAGGGAAUUAAAACGGCACCAACAGGGCACCCCUGA